AUGGAUAAUGUAAGUCGAUUUUCCUAUCUUUUUAUGCAGACUCGCCAAAUAAUGGACAGAUAUAGGUUUAUGACUGGCCACUAAGUUAAUUAUACCAUGAAAAUUAGACUAAUUUUAAGGAAUAAAACUUACAUUAACCAUGGUACAACAAACAUCACAACCUUCCAAAAUUUGGUGCUUUGUCCGAGCAGAAAACGGAAAAUCUAGACAUCAAAUCGAACGGGGUAGCCUGCUCUUGGUAAAAAUUCCCUUUUUGGACAAGUUCCAUGUUGUCUUCAUUCAGAAAAUACACCUUGAAAAUUGGCGCAAAACGAAAAAAAAAUCUUCUCGAGCGGGGAUAUAAAAUGGGUCAACUGUUCCCCCAAAAAGAUAACUCUGCACCGAAUUUCGGAAUUUGGUGCACACUUUGAAAAAAUGCACCGGAUUUCGGAAUUGGGUACAGACCAAAGAAUUGGGGGUCUUCAGCCGACACCAAUUUUUCGAUUUGGGCGUCGACUUUUUUGUGAAUGCACCGAAAAUCGCGAUUUGGGAAAAAAAAAUUCCGAGAUCUUAUAUGACCACCUUUAUAUUCAUAUAACCCUACUUUAUUUAGACCGUUAAUGCCGGUAUAUUUGCCAUAUUCCCGAUCAUGUUGGCCAUGAUUGCAAUGCAGUGGCGACUGGAUGGAAAAAUGCUUGGAACGGCGGUCAUGUCUCCACUCAGCUGGCUUCCCUCUGCGAACGCGUUGCUAACGAUUUACCUGAUCAAGGCCUACCGCCGCUUUGCCCUUCGAUUGAUCUGCAUCAAACAGAUCAAUCGAACCGUUGCUACGAACAGCACAGGCGGUAAAACAUGGAAAAGUUCUACCGGACCCAACGGGAGCUCUGUAACACAUACCAAGGCCAGUAUCCAAGGCUCCUGCUGA